AUGUCGUCCUCUGAUGGGGAGAGAAGGGGAGAAAGUGAAACAAGAAAAACAGGGAGGGGAGAAAGUGAAACAAGAGAAACAGGGAGGAAAAAAAGUGAAACAGGAGAAACAGGGAGGAAAGAAAGUGAAACAAGAGAAACAGGGAACAGAGAAAGUGAAACGAGAGGAACAGGGAGGAGAGAAAGUGAAACGAGAGGAACAGGGAGGAGAGAAAGAGAAACAGGGAGGAAAGAAAGUGAAACAGGAGAAACAGGGAGGGCAGAAAGAGAAACAGGGAGGAGAGAAAGAGGAACAGGGAGGAGAGAAAGAGAAACAGGGAGGAGAGAAAGAGGAACAGGGAGGAGAGAAAGAGGAACAGGGAGGAGAGAAAGAGGAACAGGGAGGAGAGAAAGUGAAACAGGAGAAACAGGGAGGGCAGAAAGAGAAACAGGGAGGAGAGAAAGUGAAACAAGAGAAACAGGGAGGAAAGAAAGUGAAACAAGAGAAACAGGGAGGAAAGAAAGUGAAACAGGAGAAACAGGGAGGAAAGAAAGUGAAACAAGAGAAACAGGGAGCAGAGAAAUGAAACAAGAGAAACAGGGAGCAAAGAAAGUGAAACAAGAGAAACAGGGAGCAAAGAAAGUGAAACAAGAGAAACAGGGAGAGGAGGAAAUAGAAGGAAAGGGACAGGGAGAUAAGAAAUUGGAAGAAGAUGGACAAGGAAAGGAGAAAGUGAAACAAGAAGAAUGGAGAGAGGAGGAAAUCGAAGAAGAGGAACAGGGAGGGGAGAAAGAGAAACUGGUAGAACAGGAACGUGAGGAGAGGGAACUGGAAGAAAAGGGACAGGGAGAUGAGAAAUUGAAACAAGAGGGACCAAAAAAAAAAUGAGAGGAGAAAUAUGAAGUGUCUGAGAAACUUCAAGAAAAAUAGAAUUUAAAAUGCUUGAAGAAUUUAAUAUUUGCCUAAAGAUUCUUCAAGGUUACUUUAAUCCCUCAGACCCUGAAGUAUUAUCGUAGGUUGUUUGUUUGAACAUACUAAUGUACGUUCCAUAUGAGAUUUUUCGUACUCGUGUAGUUUCAAUGCUCGAUGUGGUACGGGAAUUCGAUCCAUACCCAAAAGACCUGUGACUUUCACUGUUAAUGCUGGACACAUGGCGAGGGAUCACUCACUACCAAUGUUCGGCGCCGAGAUCGAGAGCCUCCCGAUUCCAAAGCCAGCAAUGUGAUCACCAGUUGUAAAGUGGAAUUUCCAAAUCUAAUUUUGAUUACUUUGGCGACAAGUUGACCUGGUUUUGAGCAGCAGCAUUUGAUCUUUAAACAAAGUUGGUAAUAUGAUACUCAAUCUUAUUUAAAGAAAAUAGAUACCUUUGAAUUGAUUAUUGUUCAAAAUGGG